UUUUUUAUUUGUUCUUUAAUAGCGCCCUCUUAGCAUUUGUUUAUAAAUUGUUUAUAUUGGCUGACUCUACGUUAUUAGAAUGUCAGACGAUUUGCUGAACUACAAGUUACAGUUACAACAGGUGGAAGCAGCUCUCCAAACUGAUCCAGAAAAUGAAGAGCUUUUAAAACUUAAAAGUGAUCUGGGUGAAGUCAUUACACUAACUCGUGAUUUAAUACACACGCAACUAGAAGAGCAACAUAAAUCUUCAUAUGUAGAGCCAUCUUCAAGUAAAACCGCUUCGGCAAAUUACUUUGACGAAAUUGAAGCUGCUCUUUUAGAAGCAGAAAAACUAGUUUCAGCAGCCAAAAUUUGGAAGAUUGGCGACAAAUGUCAAGCUAAAUGGAAAGAGGAUCGACAGUACUACGAUGCAACUAUAGAAGGAAUAUCAAGCGAAGGAGAAGUAAAUGUAGUGUUUGAUGCAUAUCAAAAUCGUUCGACAACAAAUGUCAACGAGCUUCGAGAAUGCAGUACCCGCAACGAAGUUUUUCCUUCGAAUAAACGACACAGGCCAAACCAAAAAGAAUAUUUAAAAAAAAGGAAACAAAAGAAACAACAACGCUUCAAAGACCUGGAGGAGGAACGUGAAUCAGACAAAAAUAAAUGGCUGAAUUUUACAAAUAAAAAUCAAAAAAAAAGUGGAAUAAAGGUAAAAAGUAUAUUUGCCUCUCCGGAUAAUGUAAGUGGCAGAGUUGGAGUUGGCACUUGUGGAACAGCAGGAAAGGGAAUGACUGAUUUUACAAUAGGCGAAAAAUAUAGAAAGGGUCUUUAAAUGUAUAGAAGAAACUACAAAAAAAUAUAAAAAUAAAU